CCCUAUCUUCUCCGCAGAAAGAGAGAGAGCAGAGCACUAACUCGCUGGUGACGACGAGUCGGCGACUCAGCAUGGGUGAGAAGAAGGAUAACGGCGGCGAGAAGAAGAAAAGCUGCUGCUGCGGCGAGGAUGGGAAGAAGGACGAGAAGAAGAACGGGCCCAAUGCCGUGGUCCUGAAGAUCGACAUGCACUGCGAAGGCUGCGCCUCCAAGAUCAUCAAAUGCGCCAAGGCUUUCGAAGGGGUGGAGAAGGCGAAGGUGGAGUGGGAGGCGAGCAAGCUGACAGUGGAGGGCAAGGUGGACCCCACCAAGCUCAGGGAGAGGCUGCAGGAGAAGACGAAGAAGAAGGUGGAGCUCGUCUCCCCGCUGCCCAAAAAGGACAAGGAAAACAAGGACGACAACACCGCCACCACCACCUCCAACAAGAACAACAAGAACAGCGGCAGCGGCGACAGCAAAGGUCAGGAGAAGAAGAAGGCUGACGAGAAAAAGCCCAAAGAGCCCCCUGCGACCACUGCAGUUCUGAAGCUCGGGCUCCAUUGCCAGGGCUGUGUCCAGAAGAUUCACAAGUUCGUCUCCAAGACUUCAGGGGUGACGAAUGUGACUAUUGAGCAGCAGAAGGAUCUUGUCACGGUUACGGGCACGAUGGAUGUUAAGGCUUUGGCGGAGACCUUGAAGGGAAGGAUGAAGAGGGUCGUUGAGAUCGUCCCCCCCAAGAAAGAGAAAGAGAAGGUCAAGGACAACGAGGAGAAGAAGGACGGCAAUAAGGGCAGUGGCGGAGGCAACGAGAAGGAAGGUUGUGGCAAUGGCAACAACCAAGGCAAUGGCAGCGGAGGAGGAAAGAAGAAGAAGGGAGCCGGUGGCGGUGGAGGGGGAGAGUACGGCAAUGCUGUUGGCAACAAGGAGGAGGAGAAUGGCUCUGCAGUCGGGCUUGGAUAUCCAGCGAAUACCGGAUACGGAUACGGAUGUGGGUACGGGUAUGGUUACACGUACGGGGAGAGUGUACACGCCCCGCAGUACUUCAGUGACGAGAACCCGAACGCUUGCUCGGUGAUGUGAAGAAGCGGGUUGGGUUAUGGGUACAGUCUAGUGCGGAAGGGCCAUAGGAAGAGACAAAAGAAAAAAAUGUAUAUAAGGAAGGGGAUGGAAAAUAGGCAAAUAGAGGAUUUGGUGGGGAAAAUGAAUUUUGGGUUUGAUGUCCUAAGCUGAAUGGAACCUGCAUCAUAAAAAAAACAACCAAAUAUGUAAUUGGAGUUUGUUCUUUCUUAUGUUAAUUUUGCUUUUGAAUGGAACAUCAAGUGGUUUUGCUCUCUA